AUGGACUUUGAAGAUGACGACGAUAAGCUCCUCCGCGAGUCCACAGAACAGCAUAAUUCGCUCCAAGAACCGUCUCACGACGAACACCCACUAACUGAACGUAUUCCUCAUGCUUGUGCCUAUUGCGGAAUUCACGCCACAAAUUGUGUGGUCAAGUGUAACACUUGCAAUAAAUGGUUUUGCAAUUCCAAGUCAGGAGACAAAGGUUCACAUAUUGUGUCGCACUUGAUUCUCUCUCGCCAUCGUAUAGUCUCGUUGCACGAAGAAUCAGACCUUGGGGACACCGUUCUCGAAUGUUACAAUUGUGGUAACAAAAACGUCUUCAUCUUAGGAUACGUUAGCGCAAAGCAAGAGUCUGUCGUGGUGAUACUAUGUCGUCUUCCUUGUGCCCAGCAGAAGGAUAUCAAUUGGGACACAAACCAAUGGCAGCCGUUGAUUGAAGAAAGGCAAUUUUUACCAUGGAUCGCUGGAAACCCGGAGGAACAUGAUCAAAUCGAAGCAAUUCCGAUCACCCACGCUCAAAUAUCAAAGCUUGAAGCUCAGUGGAGGCUCAACCGCGAUGCUACGAUCGAGGAUAUUGACCAGAAAGGUGAAGAAGAGGAAGAAGUGCUUCCUAUUUUGAUGCGCUACAACGAUGCAUUCCAGUACCAGCGUGCAUUUGGUCCACUUUUGCACUUGGAAGCAGAGUAUGAUAAAGGCAUGAAGGAGUCCCAGGCUCUCGAACACAUAACCAUUCGCUGGGCGAUGGGGCUUAACAAGAGACAUCUUGCCUCGUUCAUUCUUUCCACCUUCGAAACCUCAUCUUUAAAGGUGGCUGUGGGCGAUGAGAUCAUUCUCCAUUACAACGGCGGUGACCGCGAGCCAUGGCAAGGUUCAGGAUUUAUUGUGAGGUUGCCCAAUGCCUAUCACAAUGAAUUUACUCUCGAACUCAACCCACAGAAAAAUGCUCCUCCAACUCAUCUCACUACUAAUUUCACCGCCGAAUUUGUAUGGAAAGGAACCUCUUACAACCGGAUGCAACAUGCCCUCAAAUCUUUUGCUGUGGACGAAAAGUCUGUUUCUGGCUAUAUCUACCAUCGCAUAUUAGGACAUAAUGUCGAACCGGUGGAGUUUUCGUUUAAUUUACCGGAAAAGCUAUCAAUACCAAACUUGACGGCAUUGAACGAAUCACAGGAAAAUGCGGUUAGAACCGUGUUACAGCGACCACUCUCGUUGAUUCAAGGUCCUCCAGGAACCGGCAAAACGUUCACAUCGGCAACAAUAAUCUACCAUCUUCGAAACAUGAUCAACAAAAAACCAUCAGGAAAGAAAUCCUCAAAGAGCAAAAAGAAGCAAACAGCAGAGAAGAUUUUGGUUUGUGCACCAUCAAAUGUGGCUGUAGACCACCUCGCUGAAAAGAUUGCAAACCUCGGUGUAAAGGUGAUGAGACUUACUGCCAAAUCUCGGGAAGAUGCAGAGAGUCUGGUAUCGCACUUGUCAUUGCACAACUUGAUAGUUCAAACCAACAAACGUCUUCAGAAACUUCAAGAUAAAAAAAAUGCCGAGGGAGAGUUACUGGCGAAGGAAGCUGUGGAAUUCCACAAGUUGACCAGAAAGGCAGAAAAAUCGGUUAUGGAAGAUUGUGAAGUUAUCUGCUCCACAUGCGUAGGAGCAGGAGAUCAUAGAUUGGACUCGAUGGUUUUCCGAGCCGUAUUAAUCGAUGAAAGCACCCAGGCUUCAGAACCAGAAAUCAUGAUCCCGAUAGUGAAGGGUGCGAAGCAGGUUAUACUUGUUGGAGAUCACCAGCAAUUGGGCCCAGUUAUUCUUCACAAAAAAGCAGGCGAUGCUGGAUUGAAACAGUCGCUUUUUGAAAGACUUGUGGUGUUGGGACAUGUACCCAUUCGUCUUGAAGUGCAAUAUAGAAUGCACCCAUGUCUUUCUGAAUUUCCAUCAAAUAUGUUCUACGAAGGCUCAUUGCAAAACGGAGUUUCAAGCGAAAGCAGAACAUUUAAAAACGAAACUUUCCCAUGGCCAGUUUUGGAUUUCCCUAUGAUGUUCUGGGCCAAUUAUGGUCGGGAAGAGAUUUCGGCGAGCGGAUAUUCGUAUCUUAAUAGAGUCGAGGCGAUGAAUGUGGAGAAAAUCAUUACAAGAUUGUUCAAGCAAGGCGUAAAAGCCGAGCAGAUUGGCGUGGUGACACCCUACGAGGGCCAGCGAGCAUAUAUUCUUCAACAUAUGCUGUUAACUGGUUCUUUGGUGGAUAAAAGAGAGCAGUAUUCCGAAGUUGAAGUUGCCAGUGUCGAUGCAUUUCAAGGUAGGGAGAAAGACUAUAUUAUCUUGAGUUGUGUUAGAGCCAAUGAAACCCACGGAAUCGGAUUUUUAAGUGAUUCUCGACGCUUAAAUGUUGCACUCACCCGAGCUAAGUAUGGGUUGGUCAUCGUUGGUAACCCAAGGUGCUUGUCCAAGAACAAGCUCUGGAACCACCUUCUUAUUCAUUUCAGAGAAAAGGGAUGUCUUGUUGAAGGACCAUUGGAUAACCUUCAACUUUCAAUGGUGCAAUUGAGACAGACUCCAGCAAGUAUAAUGCCCAUGCAAACGAGAAACUUUAUGGACGACGACACCGCCAGUGUGAUGUCGUAUGUUGCUGCACCAAGACAAGACCACAGCAACGAGGAAGCUCAAUGGCCUCGUUUGCGCAAGGAACAAAAUGGCAAUGAUAACGUUUAUGGAUCAGUUUCGCACCCAUUGUCAUCCAACCAUUAUUCCAGAAUACAAGAUUCGCCGCCAGUGUAUGACAACGAGCGAAACUCUACACUUGAGCAAGACUUGAAGAGCUUAACCAAUGCUUUUGUUUCUGGUUUUUCUUUUGACUAA